AAACGACCAAAAGAUCAGCAUCCGGCGGCAUAUAUCUACCUAGGCGGGCGAGACGAUAGUCAUAGAACCAUGUAUUUAGGAGUCACGAUCCCGGUUAUCGCACAUCUUAGCCAAGUCCUUGGAACCUUUGCACCAAAAGUCUUUGCUUCUCACUAACGAUAGCAGACAUCGGAUUCAAGAUGCAGUGGAAUGCUCUCGCCCUUGCGCUAUUCGCGCAGCAUGGCGCUACCCAGAUGCUGGAGAUGUUGCGAUUCAGUUGCUCGCAGCUCGUUAUCGACCGUAUAGACCCUCUGGUAACGCCCGGAUCUAUCCCGUCGCCGCAUCUCCACCAGAUCGUCGGAGGUAACUCAUUUAACGCUUCUAUGGACCCAGCGACACACGAUCUCCCCGGGGAGUCCACAUGUACUAGCUGUACUUUCUCAGAAGACUUCUCGAACUACUGGACUGCAGUUCUAUACUUCCGAGCUCGUAACGGUACAUACAGGCGUGUACCCCAAUUCGUGAGCGAGGGUCUCCGAGCCGAUGGUGGUAUUACGGUGUACUAUAUCCCAGCGACCGACAAACAAACCAAGGUUACUGCCUUUAAGCCCGGCUUCCGUAUGCUUGUCGGAGAUGCCGCGCUACGUGAGCCAGGCUCGGCACCCAAGGUAUGCCAUCGUUGUAUGCCAAAGUCGGGAGACAACAGCAACAUCAACUGCGGAGCUCCGGACAGCAAGAACCUACCCACCAAGUUCUGCGAGGGCGGUAUUCGCAGUGUCAUUACCUUCCCUACUUGCUGGGAUGGAAAGAACACGGAUAGCCCGGACCAUAAGAGCCAUGUUGCGUACCCCUCUUCAGACUCUGGAGUUGGUGCAUCUGGUACUUGCCCAUCAACCCACCCUGUCAAGAUCCCUCAAGUCAUGUAUGAGGUUAUGUGGCAGACCCAGCUUUUCAACGACAAGAACCUAUGGCCCGAGGAUGGCUCUCAGCCGUUCGUCUGGAGUACCGGCGACAAGAACGGAUAUUCGCAGCACGGCGACUACGUCUUCGGAUGGAAGGGUGAUGCUCUCCAAAAGGCGAUGGACGCCCGCUGCAACGGUGCCGUCUGCAACGCACUAAAGACCCAGUCCUCUGAGACCGCGAUGAAGUGUACUAAGGACAGGAUUGUCAAAGAGGAUAUCGAUGGAUGGGUAACCGAAAUUCCGGGCCAGUCUACCGUUAAUUAGAUCGAUAUCCAUAAGAAUUGGGCCUCGGGGGUAGCAACAAGAGUAUUAGAAUGAAAGGCUUAUCAUAAACAUACCUAAUUAUAUACCGAAU